UCUGUAAAGAGAAAUGGCGACUUUCCCAGUGAUCAACCUAGAGAAGCUUAACGGCGAGGAGAGAGCAGCAACCAUGGAGCAAAUCAAGGAUGCCUGUGAGAAUUGGGGAUUAUUUGAGCUCCUGCACCAUGGGAUUCCCCAUGAUUUAUUGGACACUGUUGAAAUAUUGACGAAAAAGCAUUACAAGAAAUGCAUGGAGCAGAGGUUUAAGGAAUUGGUAGCAAGAAAGGCCCUUGAAGGUCUCCAGGCCGAGGUUACUGAUAUGGACUGGGAAAGCACAUUCUUCUUGCGCCAUCUCCCUGAAUCUAACAUGGCUGAAAUCCCGGAGCUAACCGAUGAAUACAGGAAAGUGAUGAAAGAAUUUGCUCUGAGAUUGGAGAAACUAGCCGAGGAGCUCCUGGAUUUGUUGUGCGAGAAUCUUGGACUGGAAAAAGGGUAUUUGAAAAAGGCAUUCCACGGGACAAGAGGUCCGACAUUUGGAACCAAAGUUAGCAACUACCCGCCAUGCCCGACACCGGAUAAAAUCAAGGGACUCCGGGCUCACACCGAUGCCGGUGGCAUCAUCUUGCUGUUCCAAGACGCCCAAGUGAGUGGACUCCAGCUUCUUAAAGACGGGGAGUGGGUGGAUGUUCCUCCUAUGCGCCACUCCAUUGUCAUCAACCUCGGGUGA